AUGGCAGUGGAGGAAAUUUUUACCACAGUCGACAGCCGUGAUCUUUGGCGGGCACUAUCCCUUUCAGAAUGCCUCCGAUUUUCACCACAGUUCCAGCUAGCCCUCAAAACAGGCGAACGUGAGGCUGGUCAGAACUUCGCUAAAACCCUGCGAGCCCUGGGUGACGGAUUACUUUCCAUUCUGACACCUUGUACUGCGCUGCCCCUAAUCAAUCUGGAUGACGAGACAGCCACCAAGACAGCCGAUUCUAGACUGAAACUUCUGCUAAACCAGCUUACUGAAUUUUCGGAGCUCACGAAAAAGAUGGCGGAGAAACUCUACGAGCCGAGUGUUCAACUGCAGAAAGCUGCCGAAAACCUGGAGCACCUUCACCCCCUGCGCAAGGUCUUCUCUCGCGCUGGAGAACAGUUGGAGUCGGCGCUCAGCAAGUCUGCCAGUGUGCCCCGCAAUCGCCCUUCGGAAGCCAAAGAGGCUGACAGCGGAGUUCUGGAGAGCCGUUCAACUUACUCGGACUCUGCGCGUUCCUACCUGGCCGAAUUACGGGCAGGCCUGGGGCCCUUGCGGUUAGAUACUUGCUUCCGUUGCACCGCCAUCACUUUCCGCACCGAAUCCACGUACAUGCAG